AUGUUCGGUGGCUUCUCGAGCCCUAACAAAGAGAAGAAAGCCGAUUCCUCCCUUGCCGCCGCGUCCUCUCCAUCGACGGCUCCCAACUCCUCAUCCACAGGCCCAGCCGCGCCCUACUUGCAGGAGGACAGCGCCAACUCCGACAAAACGAACGAGAACUCCUCUUCGACCAGCCGCGAGAAGCGCCAUUUCUCGCUGACAGACUCUUCCAAGCGUGCGUGCGAGCGCUGGAACCAGCCCGGGGACAAGAAACGGCGAAACAGCUCCGUUAACAAGGCAGCGGCUCUCUUCGCCAGCGCAAAGAAUUCUCUGCACCUCUCCAGUCUCAAGAGCCAGCUCAGGGAUUCAACGACGACGUCGAACACUACGGCUACGACACAGCAGCAGCAGUCUCAGGCUGCGCAGACGACUCUGCAGAUUUUGGGCAAGAUGGAUCCCGCUCUGAUCGUCCCUCAGGGCUCGUUGAACAACUCCGCCGGCGAAUCGAUGCCCACCUCGCGUUCCUCUUUCCAGGUCGGUGUGACUGAAGAUAGAAAUAGAAAAUGCCGAAGAACAAUGGAGGACACCCACGCCUAUCUCUACAAUUUCCUCGGAGCCCCUCUUGCCCCGGCAACAAGGCAACUUCAGGCUGACAGCUCGAAACAGAGCGAGGGCGGGGCAAACGAUGAUAUUGCCUCUACGGAGAUGGUGGAAACUGACAAUGGCUACUUCGCCAUAUUCGACGGCCAUGCUGGCUCGUUUGCUGCAGAGUGGUGCGGCAAGAAACUACAUCUGAUUCUUGAAGACACUAUACGAAAGAACCCUAGUGCUCCAGUGCCCAUGCUCCUUGAUCAGACCUUCACCUCUGUAGAUCAGCAGCUAGAACAACUGCCGUUAAAAAAUAGUGGCUGUACUGCCGUCAUUGCAGUGCUAAGAUGGGAAGACCGUCUCCCCAGCCCUGCUGCAUCAAUUGCUGAAUCAACGAAGAAAAAGGGAAAUGCAGACGACCCUGAGGGUACCAGUAUAGAGGGGUCGAAGCAAAGUCUCUCCGAGGAUACGUCUGCCAUAUCACCGCAGGAAGACCAGCCCAUUCGUUCCAGGGUUCUGUACACUGCCAAUGUUGGCGACGCCAGGAUCAUUCUAUGCCGUAACGGCAAGGCAUUACGCCUGUCAUACGACCACAAGGGUAGCGAUGAAAAUGAAGGGUUACGAAUAACCAAUGCCGGAGGAUUGAUUUUGAAUAACCGUGUCAAUGGCGUCCUCGCCGUCACCCGCGCUUUGGGAGAUACCUACAUGAAGGACCUUGUCACCGGACACCCAUUUACCACCGAAACUGUCAUACAGCCGGAGAUUGAUGAGUUUCUAAUAUUAGCUUGUGAUGGGGUAAGAUAUCUACCUAUAACUCACCUGCCUUUUCACCGAAAUUCUUACUAA